AACUGGCAGUGAAAUUAUAGAAUGGCAGUUCCAACUCCAAAUCCAAAUCCAAAUCCAAAUCGGAAAGCAAUGGUGGCAACGGUGAGGGCAAUCGGACUGGCGGUCUCGGCUUUGGUUCUGACAUGGGCUUUGCAUUUCAGGGGCGGCUUGUCUCUCUCUUCUCUCAACAACAACAAAGAUCUCAUCUUCAACGUUCAUCCUGUACUAAUGGUGAUUGGCCUCAUUCUCUUCAAUGGUGAAGCAAUGCUAGCAUACAAGACAGUCUCAGGAACUAAAAGCUUUAAGAAGGCAGUGCAUCUUACAUUGCAAUCUGUAGCAUUUUGUUUGAGCUUGAUAGGGGUAUGGGCUGCUUAUAAGUUUCACAAUGAGAAGGGCAUUGACAACUUCUACAGUAUGCAUUCUUGGUUGGGUCUGGCUUGUCUGUUCCUAUUUGGCAUCCAGUGGGCUGCUGGCUUUUCAACCUUUUGGUAUCCUGGUGGUUCAGUAAGCAAUAGAGCUGCACUGCUUCCCUGGCACGUGUUCUUGGGGAUUUAUAUAUAUGGACUAGCCAUUGCUUCAGCUACCACUGGAAUUUUAGAGAAGGCUACAUUCUUACAGACCAACCAAGUAAUAUCACGUUUCUCUACUGAAGCAUUGUUGCUUAACUGUUUAGGUAUGCUGAUCGUUAUUCUUGGUGGUUGUGUUAUUCUUGUUGUUGUCACUCCUACUAAUGCCAAAGGUGAUAGCUACAGACCAAUGGACUAUACAGUUCAGCAUUCAGUUGUGUAGUUAGUUGACUUGGAGAUGCUAUGUAACUUAUCUGAAUUAAUCGGGGAUUUUUGUGCACUGAUCCUCAUGGAAAUGGUAAUGAUAGUAUCUGCUGAAUGUUAAGUAUGCCGUGAAACCUCUCUUUCACUCUCACAGAAAUUUUUGUAGACACAUCAAGUAAUUGGAUUUCUUUAUUGUUUGAUCAAUGUGAAUUGUAAUUGUAGUCACUUUCAUUA